UUGCAGGGAGUGUCAUUCACUCUGCGUCCUGGCGAGGUGACUGCCCUCGUGGGACCUUCAGGCAGUGGGAAGAGCUCUUGCGUGAGUCUGCUGGAAAACUUCUACCUUCCACAGCAAGGCCAAGUGCUGCUGGAUGGAAAGCCUGUGCACACCAUCCAGCAUGACUACCUCCACUCCAAGGUCGCUCUUGUGGGCCAAGAGCCUGUGCUGUUUGCCCGGACGGUCGAGGAGAACAUCGCCUAUGGCCUGACCGACGUCCCCAUGGAGACUGUUGAGCAGGCUGCCAUCAAGGCUAAUGCUCACGAUUUUAUCACCAUGCUCCCUGCAGGCUAUGAGACUAGUGUUGGAGAGAAAGGCACCCAGUUGUCAGGGGGGCAGAAACAAAGGGUGGCCAUUGCAAGAGCGCUCAUCCGCAAACCUCGUGUUCUUAUCCUGGACGAGGCGACCAGUGCCCUGGAUGCAGAGAGCGAACACAUUGUUCAGACGGCUCUGAACAACAUCAUGCAGGAGCACACAGUGUUGGUGAUCGCCCAUCGGCUCAGCACAGUGGAGAAGGCAGACAACAUCAUCGUGAUCGACAAGGGCCAUGUGGUGGAACAGGGGUCUCACAGUCAGCUGAUGGCCAGCGGGGGGCUUUACUACAAGCUGGUGCAAAGGCAGGUCCUGGGCAUCGAGACGGGGGAUGAGGUCCUCAACCCAUCGGAAAAACUAAACUGGAAGUCUGAUGGUGAAAAGCAGCGCAGAAGACUAAGCAGCAGCAGCAGCAGCAGCGCCAGUGAUUCUGAGCGCAAUAUGCGUUACUGAGAAAAAACUGUGUGGAAAUGGGACUGAAAUGCUGGAGGGUUUAUAGCAUUUUUUUUUGUAUAUUCUGAGAUUCAAAAUGCACCACAGCAGCUAUUUUGUGCAGAUAUUCAUGUAACCAUUUUCAUGCAAAGAGUAGAAGUCCUCAAACAAAACUUACACCACAGAACAUUCAAAACACUAAAAUCUAGGAUCCUUAUAUUAUUUAAAGGGGAAGUUCAGAUUUUAUGAAGGUGGGUUGUAUGAGGUACUUAGUCAAUGUAUUACAUACUAUAGAUGCCAGUCAGGAUGCCCUCAGUUUGUAGAAGCAGUAGGAGUGCUGAAACAGAAGCUAAGCAAUGUACUGCUGUUGAUGGAGACCAGCAACAAAACAUAGUUUAGACACCUAUAAAGGUCUCUUCUAAAAAAAACCAAAUAUAUAACACAAGCGUACACUGUAUUGAGAGUAUUUUCAUUGUUUUACCUUUCUGUCAGACAGCAUAACAGACUAGCUGUUAACAGCUUC